GAUUGCCUUCUUUGUCCCACAGGCUUUUCAGCCAACAUGGCUUUUAUGACUGCUGUAGGCAAUGUCAGUAUGCUCUUAGCUAGUGGAGGUCAACCUUCAGUAAAUGCAAGGGUUGCUGUCUUUUCUGAUGCCCUGAAUCAUGCAUCAAUUAUUGAUGGUAUACGCCUAGCAGAGAAACAAAAGAGCAUAGCUGUUUUUGUCUACCGGCAUUGCGACAUGCGCCAUCUUAAUGAGCUAUUAACAAAUUGUACAAUGAAGAGAAAAGUUGUCAUUACUGACAGCUUAUUUAGUAUGGAUGGAGACUUUGCCCCAAUGCUUGAGCUUGUGAAGCUUCGUAAGAAGCAUGGAUUUUUGUUGGCAAUUGAUGAUGCUCAUGCAACAUUUGUUUGUGGUGAAACUGGUGGUGGGGCCGCUGAGUUGUUCAAUUGUGAAAGUGAUGUGGACAUUUGCCUAGGUACUCUGAGCAAGGCUGCAGGUUGCCAUGGUGGAUUCAUAGCAUGCAGCAAGAAAUGGAAGCAAUUGAUACAAUCAAGAGGCCGCUCUUUCAUAUUUUCAACUUCUACCCCGGUGCCUGUAAUUGCUGCUUCCCAUGCUGCUGUUGUUGUGGCAAAAAAGGAGAUGUGGCGUAGAAGAGCUAUUUGGAAUAGGGUGCAAGAUUUCCGUGAUUUAACAGGAAUUCCCAUUACAAGUCCUAUCAUCUCCCUUAUUGUGGGAAAUGAAGCGACGGCUCUGCAAUCUAGCAGGCAUCUUUUGCAACUUGGCUUUCACAUAACUGCAAUAAGACCCCCAACAGUGGCUCCUAACUCAUGCAGGUUAAGGAUAACACUGAGUGCAGCUCACACAUUGGAUGAUAUAAGAAAGCUCAUAGCAGCGCUGUCUCAAUGUGUCAACUUCAGUGAGAUCGGAUUCUACUGCGCAAGCUGGAAUGCCCGACUCUAAUUAUAUUUAUUUGUUUUUCGAUGCAUUUGCUUAUUUAGAAGAGUGGAUUUUAGUAUGAAAUGCAAUUAAUGAAGACAUCUGCACAAGAGUGACUUGUAAUGUUCUUAGCAUUCUAUAGUAAUUUAGCAGGUCUAAUUUUCGUACAGUAAAUACGAGCUGCAAUUAAUGAAAACGAUGCCGCCUUCUGUAAGUGAAAUCGUGAAUUAUUUACAUUGGUUUUUGCCCCUUCUGGCG